AUUAUUACUAUUAGUCAAUCACACUAUACAUUUUGUUUUUUUGAAUCCAGUGUAAAACCUGGGGUGUUUUCAUUGUUGUUUAAGAAUCUGAAUCUUCCCCACGUCUACAUUAACUCAUCGUGUUUUCAGCGAUGGCCUUGUUCUGCUAACUGGUGCACCUGCAGUCAGUGGGACCGAAAAAACCCUUCAGAUUCAAACCUGGUCAUUUUCACAUCAUGUCAUCAUGUUGGAUCAUGUUCCUGUUGAUAUUAGCACAGAGCUGCACUGCGAACGUUACUCAUUCAUGGAGCUGAGGUGGCGCCGUAAAGAUUAUUUGCAUGAAACAGAGAAGCACAGCAGCAUCUUCGAGCGCCUUGUCGGAACGUUUGGUCUUGCGUCGGCCUCCUCUUCCCUUCAUUCUGUUAACUUUAGAGGACAAAGCAGUUCUGGCAUCUGAAGGAUGAGAGCAAAAACCAUAAUUCCAGUUCUGGUUUUACUGCUGCUCCACCAGUCGAGGGCUGAUCAAGUGUGUGUCAACAUCUCUGAGUAUAAUCUGAAUGUCACGGUGCCUUAUGGCCACAUGACUGAGAAGAGGACUGGUGAAGGUGCUGAAUGUGAGAACGAUGAAGAAGAAUGUUUCUUUCAAUGCGUACCAACCAAUGAGACGUGGUUCCAUGGAUCAUCUGGCUGCUUAAACUGUUCAGUGACAAAUGGAAGUUAUAACAUCACUGUGUAUAACAUCCAUGGAAACAUCUCGGACACCGUCUGCUACCACGCUCACUGCAGGGAAGACUCCAUCCUGCCACUAAUUCACAGAUUGAAAGAAAUUGACGACGCCCAGAAGGAACUGGGGGAACUCCUGUACAUAAGGGAUUCAUGUCCGAGUCUCUUCAGAACCAGUUAUAAUAUUAAGAAGGUGUAUGUAAUACUGGAGAAGCAAAUAAUUCAUGAAAUUAUGAAUAUGACUGAGUUUGAGGGUGGCAGCUCCAAGACCUACAACCUGAAGUACUUGUCUGUGAAUGUUUCCAAAAUCAGUGACACAGUCCUCAACGUUUCAGAAGACAUGAUCCCAAUGAAAGCUCCUCAGCUAUGGCCCAACAACGACUUGUCUGUCCCUGAGGUUUGGAUCCCAGUGAACGCACUGAAACACAUCCCACAAGAGGAGCGAGUUAUCGGCCUGGUCAGCUACAUGGACCCCAGCCAGUUCCAGUUUGACAAUGAGGAUUUCCGCUCCAUGGUUCUCAGGAUAGAGAUGUUAGGCGAGUCUCGCCUUCAGAAUCUCAAGCCGCCAAUCCAAAUGAUUUUCAGGGUUGUGAAACCAGAAGGGAAUGUCUCCCAGUUACUGUGUCUCUACUUUGAUGAAGACUACGGUUUUGCCUGGAAAGAAGAUGGAUGUGAAACUGAAAUCGACCGAGAUCAAGUUACCUGCAAUUGCAGCCAUGCAACACCCUUUGCCGUCCUUCUGAUAAGAACACCAAUAGAUGGAGUCCAUUGGAAAAUACUGUCUUACAUCAGUUACAUAGGCUGUGGAAUUUCUCUUUUCUUCGGCGCUUCGUCUCUCGUUGUAUAUGUGUUUAACAGGAGCCACAAAAUGGACACUUCCAUGUCCAUCCACGUGUCUCUGAGCGGCGCCUUGUUUCUCCUUAACUCCACCUUCCUGCUGACUGAGUGGGGGCCCACGGUGGAGCCGGACUGGGUCUGUGAGUUUAUAGCUGCGCUCAUGCAUUACUCGCUGCUCUGCUGUCUCACCUGGAUGGCCAUCGAGGCCCUGCACCUCUACCUGCUGCUGAUAAAGGUGUACAACACCUACUACAAAUGCUACCUGCUCAAACUGUCUCUCGUCGGAUGGGGGAUUCCUGCGAUAAUUGUGUCAAUAUCUUUGUCUGUGAAGAACGUUAAACAGUUUUACGGAGUUACAGAGUUGACCAUGUCAGACACCAAUCAAACCAACAGCAUCUGCUGGAUCACGGAUGACACCUACUUCUACUCGCUGAACCUUGUGUAUUUCACCCUGAUAUUCAUCUUUAACUCUGGCAUUCUGAUGGCAGUGGCCUCAAGCAUCUGCAAGAUGAAGAAAAAGUUAAAGACUAACUCAAAGCUUCAAGCUAGCGCCAGCAGAAAGUCAAAGGGAGUCCCACAGAGGUUCAGCGCGUCCUGCCAGAGCGGCCUGACUCUGCUGGGCCUCACCUGCCUGAUGGGGACCACCUGGGGUCUGGCCUUCCUGGGUUCUGGUUAUGUCAACUACGCAGUGCUCUAUCUUUUUUGCAUCCUCAAUUCCCUACAAGGUUUCUUUAUUUUUGUGUGGAUCUGUCUGUCGGCCAAGAAGCAGCGGAGGAAAGAAAUGGAGCAGAAAGUGUCUUUGAUCACUGCGGUGCAUUCAGACACAAAAAUGGACUAGAUCUCUUCUGCCUCUGCAUGGAUCCCAGUAGAUCCUCUUACAGAAAUGCAUCUGCAUGUAUGGGGAAAAAAAACUGCAAAAAGCCUUAAAACUAAUUCCUUUUUUAUCGCAAUUGCAUAUUUUUUACACAGCCUCACAGUUAGAAGCACUUCUAUAAGUUCCUACAAAAUAAAUGUUAGCCAUUUAAUACUUAAUGUUUCCCUGAGGUAUACAGAGGCCCAAUUCUUUCAGUCACUGUUCAUAAGUGGGAAACACAGGAAACGUCUAAAGCAAGAACUCGGGCGCCAGAAGUUGCCCAUGUCUACAGAAGGAGAAAUAAUUCAAAAGUUUAAAACAACUCAGAGCGUCACAGACGUGGCUGGAAGUGAACGGCACCACACACAGACAGCAGGAAGGUAAGAAAAGUGGAAAAAGAAAAUUAAAAUCUCUCUAUCAAUGAAGUUCUUCCUGGUUUUCAGUGAGUUCAGCGAUAAAAGGCACAAUUAUAUUCACACAUUUUUAACGUGUAAUGCUGAGAAGUGUAUAAGUAUUUAUAUUACAUUACAUUUUGCCACAAACACCAGCGCAUUCAUCUUUCUUAUUUUCAAAUACACACAAACACACAACUCUUCAGUGCGGUGUGUGUACUCAGCUUUCAAGAAUCAGGAAACCUUGUUAAACUGCUUUUCAUUGCAAUUUCUGCUGCAACUCUUUUCACACACUGUAUAUACCAGCUUUGCACAUUUUUACCCACCGUUCCUUGCAAAGAGCUGUAGUUUAGUCCGACUGGGCGGAGUGUAUCUGUGAAUGUGCAUCUGAAAAUGCAUGCCACAUUUUCAGAUUUUGAGUUGUAAAACAUUUUCAUAAAACUUGUAAUAUCUUUGUUCCUCUUUACAUUACUUUGUGUUGGUCUGUUCCAUAAAAUCUCAAUAAAAUGUGUGGAAGUUUGUGUAUUUUCUAUGACACGAUUAUGGAAAAGUUUUUAUGGGUAAUAAUACUUAGACAAGGCACUGCACAUUUAG